AUAUAUCAUGGACAAUCUGGACCAGCUCGCCGAUGACGAGCUGCGGCUCCGGUUGGUGCAGUACGGCUUUCCGAACCUUCCGGUAACGUCGACCACGCGCAAAAUACUGAUCAAAAAGCUACGGCACCAUAUCGACAGCGAGAAUCAGAAGCUGCGCCGGGAAUCGUCGAAAGCGGCACGGUACAGUUCUGGCGAGGAGUCGGAUGGGAACGAUGGUCGGAAGACGAUGACGGCCGCACAGCGUAAAAUGUACACCAGUAGCAGCAGUAGUACGACACGAAGUCAGCGUGCCACAGUUGGGGGUGGUGGUUCGUCGGUGGGUGUGGGAAAUUCUGGAUCGAUGCCACCGCCCGCACCAUCGAGCGUGGUCCGAUCGAGUAUGACACGAGUCCCAAUAAGCAUAUCAUCAGGAUCAUCAUCAUCAUCAUCAGCGUCCUCUACGCCGCUUAGUGUUAACAGUAAUAGCUUUGCCGGAGCGAACGGUGCCAGUCCCAACCAUCAUCGUAGUACCAAUAAGAAGAACUCAUCCUCAACCGUUGGCAGCACAGUGUACAUCUCGCCGCUCAUCGUACACGAUAGCGAAGAGGAGGACUAUUCGCCUCCACUCCGUUCGGGUAUAGGAAGUGGUGGUGGGGGUGUUGGUGGAACAGGACUAAUUCCUUCGAUACGAAGUCUAGGUACUUUAUCAUCGACGCCCUCAUCGCACAGUUCGCUGUUCCGGAAGACGGCACUAGCCACCGGCAACAUUACACCACCGUCCGCCAAUAGCAGCAUGUACAGCAACCUCGGUGGAGGUGGUGCUGCGGACAAUAAUAGCAGCGGUACUAGUCUGCUGAACGACUCGAACGGAUCGAACGGUGCCGGUACGGGAGAUUCGCCGUACGUUAGCGAGUACACCAAGCGCUUGAUGCAGUUGCGCGGGGAAACAGUUUCCCAGGAAAACUACAACAACGCCAUCGGUGGCAUAAUGGGGCGUCGGAUGGGGAACAACAGUCUGCCACCUGCGCCACGGUACAGUGGCGCAGCGAGUCAUUUGCACGCGAUACGAACAAACCAGCAACCUGCAGGCGGUGGUGGGCUGCUCCAUCAUCCACUGCGCUCUGCACUCCUGAACAGGAAAGACACAGCACCCGGUUCGUCCCCAGUUUCCCAGUUGGGCAAUUCCGGUUCGAUUAUCGCUGGCAAUCACAUCCGGCAGCGAUACAGCCGUCUGUCGACCGGCGGGAACGAGUUCAAUGAAAACGAUAUCGUAACACACGCACAACCCGCACCGGAACCACCGCGAAUCCCGUUCCGUGUAGCGAUAGGCAAUUUCAUCACUCGGCUGGACGAACAUUACGGUUUCAAGCAAACGUUCAUCCCGUGCGCCUUGCUCUGCUUGCUAGUGGUGUUUUUCUGCUCGGUCGCCUUCAUGUACAUGACCAUCAGUACCGAUCUGGCUAGUACGCUCAACUCGAUCGAUACGCGUUACGAAGUAUGCGAGGGCGAUGUGCACGGGCUGGCCGCAACCGGUUGUGUCUUGGCGGCGGACGUCCAACCUGCCCUGGAACUGCUGAAACUGAUUGGCAAUGAGCUGAAAGCGCGCGUUGAAGCACAUCACUGUCUGCGGAAUGAUGACGGUCCAGUUGUAUCCGGACUGAUGUCUGCUGGCGAGGUUCUAAAGUACGCGAAGGAACAAUCACCGUCCGUGCUAAUACCGCAGCUAACGAGACAUCUGCACGCGAUGGAAUAUCUAAUCGAUCGAAAUCCUCAGUGGCGCAUUAAUCACUGUGACUCCAACGGAGAUCCGAUCAGCUACGACGGAGUGCUGGAAAGGCGUUCGACACGCUCGAAUCAUUUUACCAUCCUCAAGCCGAAGCUUCCAUUUACGUGCAUGAUUUACAACAAGUUCCAGAAGUUCUUUGUUAUCGUCGGUGGAUUGGCGCUGGUUUCGAUCGCCGUACUCGCUGGAAACUAUUUUGUCAAGUUCGUGCUGUACGUGAAGCAGAAACGGCGUGAUCAGGUAAAUCGAUUGAUUGGCGAGAUUAUCCAUGCGGUCAGUCAGGCGGCAGCGAAUGCGUCCGAUUCGGCCAACAAGAGUGAACAGCAGGCGGGUAUUGUUAUCAACCAUCUGCGCGACCGGUUGCUAGGGAUGGCCAAUCGACGUAAGCUCGCGUGGGCUUGGAACGAAGCGCUUACCUUUCUCGAACAACACGAAAGUCGUAUCACGUUCGAGGUGGCUACGAUCGGUGGCGAAGAUUUUAAGAUAAUGCGCUGGAUCGACAGUGUUCCAUUGGCAAGUGGAGUUGGUGGUGCUGGUUCGGUUAGUCCUGCUGGAGCGUCCCGAUUGGGAGGUUCCGGUUCCGGCCCUGGAAGCUCAACCGCUAAGAAAUGGCAGGGCCCCGCGUUCGACAACAGCAACAAGAUACACGAUCCUCCGACGCCCUGUCUCAAGAUCCGUCAAAUGUUCGACAAGUACGAAGUGAACGAUCCGAACCUGAAAACCAUCGUACAGGACGCGAUCCUGGAGAAGGUGGGCGGACGUUGCAAGAUCUACGACAUUCAGCUCGACAGGAGCAGCUGCUGCGUGUACGUCCGGUGUGCUUCGGCCAAGGAUGCCGGUAUCGUGCACGAUGAGAUUAAUGGAUGGUGGUUCGAUAAUCGGCUUGUGUCGAUCAAGUUCUUACGACUAGAGCGGUACCUGCAGCGAUUCCCGCGGUCACUUGCCGGACCGACCUGUCUGAAGCCAUCGAACAAAAAUAACUCCUCCAUGAGCCAUCAGCUGGCGCUGAACAGCAACAACGGUGGUCCGGCCGGACGAUACUCAAGCAAUGGUAGUAGAGCAGGCAAUCGCGACGAACUCGACACAGAUCCGGAAGAGUACGACGAGGGUGAAGGGGAGGAGGAUGGCGAAGAAGAAGAGGAAGAUGAGGAGUUGGUAGCAGCGGCGGCAGCAUCAGCGUCGGCUUCGACAUCAAGAGCCUCAACAGGACGUCGUUCUGCCAUUAGACGCCGCGAAGAGGAAGAGGACGAGGACGAGUAAUAG